UUCCCCACCAUCAUUUUCCCGCCGCAUUUUGACGUUGGGCCUCUCAAUCCUUCGCCAACGCCCGACUUUGGCCACUCCUCACACCCACGCAUCCUCGCCGCCGGUGCUGUCACGACCGGGCCUGCGUCUGUCCUUGGGGCUUGCCCUGGCCUUUCCUUUCUUCCGCUCCGCGCUGACUUCCUGCUUCUCAUCGGCUAUUCGUCUUUUUGUUCCUGCUGCUGUCCCCGUCGACUGCGCAUCGUUUCCCGCCGGCCACCAAACCACCGCCUCAUCUUUCUGCUGCAUCAUCAUCAUGGUGGAUUCCAGAGCUGUUUGGUGGAUAAUCUUGGUUUCAGCAUAAAUUUUCUCUCGCUCUCCCUCUUGACUUCCCUUGCCAUCCGCCAAGAUGUCUUUCUUCGGCUUCGAUACGUCCGGCCAUAACAAGGCCGCACCUGGCUUCUCUCAGGCCCAUGAUCCGUUUGCCGGUCUCCGACAUGGCGACGACGGGGGAGAUGCGCUUGAGUUCGAAGACACCUACGAUGGCCUAGGCGAUCAGCUAGACGAAACGGACGACGCCUUCAAUGACGAUACUUUUGGUGGCGGGGGUGAAGCGAACGUCGGCAAGGUUGGCAAAGACUUCGACUUCUUCGGGCAGACAGCCAAGGUGGCCAACGCCAUCGACGAGGAGUCCGUCCGCUACAGCCGUCAGCACCCUGCUCCUCGCGUAGCUGCGCCUAUAGUGGACUACCAGUAUCCCAACCAUGCGUCGCAGCAUGCUCCCCAGCCCGUUCGUUCGGGCUAUGAGAAGUACAGGGACCCCGAGCCGGUUCCCGAGCUCCAGGCUGAUACCGCGCUCUGGGGUAUGGCGCCUAAGCGACAGCCCUUUGUGACAACCCCCACUCCAGGGGCCGCUGCGCAGUUCCCGCCCGCUGCCAGCAGGAAGAUGAUGAGCCUGGAGGAGGUUGAAGCUGCCAUGCGGGCACAGUCGAAGAAACCCGAGCCCUCACCCAUCCAGGCCCACCAGCACCUUGCGCAACCUCAGGCUCCUCAGUACUCUGUGUCUGCCCCUACUCAGCAGCCUAUGGAAUUCCUGUAUGCCCAGCAUCAGCAGCAGCAACAGCAACAGCAACAGCAGCUCCAUCGCAUGCCUUCCCCCGCCGAUCAUGGUCACCCCGUGGACCUGAACAUGUCGCACGGACCCGCGCACACUGGUCCGAUAUCUAUCCUUCAGCGACCACAGUCCAAGACGCCUGUUGGAUCUCAGCCCCCCCACGUGCCCCAGCAGGCUCCUGUUGUCCACCAUCAGCAAAAUGCCCAGGCGCCCGUGUCGAAGCCCAUGCAAAUUCUGCAGAACCCGAACCGCCACGUUGGAUCCAACGCGGCUCAUGCUGCACACCAGCGCCAGCAAGGUCCUUACCCACCGAACAUUCUAGCGCACCCCUCGCAGCUGGCCCAGCUGAACGAUGAGGAGAAGAAUGCCUAUCUGGAGCAGGAGGCACGCCGCGCCAAGCGCAAUCACAAGAUCUUCAUGCUUUCCAAGGAUAACGGUCUCAUGACACCUCAGGACAAGAACUUUAUCACUAGGAUCCAGCUCCAGCAGCUGGUUGCUGCCACUGGCAACCCCAUCGACCAGGGGACUGAUGAUAACCUCUCCGAGGACUUCUACUACCAGGUCCACUGCCAGAUCCGUGGCGGUCACCGCCAGCACCCCGGCCAGCCGCUCAACAACUUUGCACAGACUUAUCUGUACCAGACUGGGAGUCGGCAGAAUGGAGCUCGCCGCCAGCACCGUGGGCCUGAGAACCACGUCCAGCGGAUGGAGCAGCAGGUCCAGCGCGCUGUGGAGGCGGCCAAGAACAAGCCCAAGAACAAGCAGCUCGUAAUCGAGGGCUCCCUGGGCAAGAUCUCGUUCAGCAAUGCCAAGACACCAAAGCCCCUGCUUAACAUCAAGCGCAACGACAACGCGGAUGUCCAGCGCCCUGGUAGCUCUCACCGGACCACAACGUCUGCCGCCGUCAACCGCAAAAUGCUCCUUGCCGAUGUCGAGAAGGUGUAUAGCAGCCUCAUGAAGAUGGAGGACCAUAAUCGCAAGAUGCCGCCCCCGCCCAGCGAGCUUGGCAACAACGUCGAACUCGCUCACCAGCACGCACACUGGUCGCAUGUGGCGGAGCAACUGAACAACCAGCUCUGGAACGAGCUCAAGGUUCACGAGCCCAUCGGUGCUACCGUCAUUCACCCUUUCAUCGCCUUCCUCUCAUGCCCCAAGGGUAAGAAGGCCAUUCCUCGUGUUUUCCGCCAUAUCAACCACGAGCAGCGCCUGUCCAUUCUCACUAUGAUUGUCCUGCACCUCGACAAGCUCGACGUGGUUCGCGGUGCUGCCAGCGACGAUGGCGAGACAAUGCUCAACGCUGCUCUGCGCGAGAGCAUAGAGCUGUUCUCGGUCGCUGUCAUGGACACGCUCUUCAAGCUCAUGUCAGAGCUCAACCUCGAUAUCGUCACCGGGGUUCUUGGAAUUCUGUCUACUACCAAUGUCGAUCUCGUCGCUCGGUCCCGCAUCGGAGCGUCUGUCUUGACCAUGAUCCUGUCCAGGGCCGAGAUUCUGAAGCAGGCUGGAGCUCCCCAGCCACUCUUGGAUAGCUGGACUUCUACAUACAACAAAUUCUUCAACAUUCUGGAGGCAACUCUACCACGAAUCUUCCCUGGCUCGGUCAACUCGGGGCAAGAUAUCUACGUCUGGCAGCUACUUGCCGCGCUUGGGAUCGGCGCGAACCAGGACCAGCAGCAACGGCUUGUUCUCGGCGUCAAGGAUCGCGUUAUGGACACCGUGGCUCUCUCCAAGACGCUUCCGGCGGACAUGGCGUCGUUGCGCCUCCAGAACGUGAACUUGUUCAUGCGCUCUAUCGGCUUGGAUGUUGAGCUGCUGGUGUGAAACGAUCUCACAUGGUUUUCGCAUCGCACCACAAUUUUUGGAAGACUCCCUUCAUAUAUCUUCCAUGUCUCGGUUACCCUGGCUACAUGCUAGGGAAAGAUUCAGCAGCCCGAAGCGGGAAGCCUCGUGGAGAGGCAUUGUGGAAUGAGCAUCAAGAUGGCUCAAAAUUGGGCGGCCAAACAAUUUAAAGGGGGGUCUGAGUGACAUGUGGCGACACAAUCUGACAUGAGGACGAGGAACAUGAUAGUUAUUUGUCCAUUACAAGGAGCAAAUACGCGGUCUAUGGGGGAUUUAGGGCUCGCAGUGAACCUGUGGAGGGGAUCGCCGAGGGAAGCUGAGCGUGAGAACUUGAGGAAGUGCCAUUACUCGCUGUUCCGUCGGUCAAGUGGUAUGGCCAUUUAUAAGGCGCAGAGGGCGGCCUCCACGGCGGGAGAUGGAAGUGGGAAUCGUGGCGGUAGCUUGAUGGAUCAAGCAGAAUAUUGAGGGCUUCUGUGAAAAUCAGGGGUAUGGGGAGUGGAAAAUAUGGUUACGAAGCUGGUUGGAGUAUUUUAAACACCGAUUCAACAACGUGCCAUCGUCGCCAAGUAGUGAUAUGGGGCAGAAUUUUCUUCUAUUCGCUGCCGGGUACGAGGUCUCUGGUAUCCUUGGGCCUGGAACGGCCGGGAUGCCUGGCGACCCCGCGAGGUGGCUGGCAGUUGAAAUAUGAUGCGUCGUAUAUACUCGUCAUUUAUCAGGGAGGAGGUUUCGUGGAAUUGUACGUCCAUUGAUACACUUUUGUAUUUGCAACACCGUGUAUGCUGUGGUAAAAAGGAUAUGAAAAACCAGCCGUCCCCCCGAAACAGAAAAGCCGAUGCACCCAACUCCUGGCCCUUUACCUGCC